AAUUGUCGGGCAAAAAAGGAUCCUUUCUGCGAGACCUAUCGUUUUCCUCAAAGUUUGUCGUCCAAUGCAAAUAUGCAGAAUCAUAGUUUGCCUACUCAGGGUAUUCUUAGAAAAAAGCCAAAGGCUAAGAACAAACGAAGGGGGAAGAAGCAUCAAACUGUGUCGAAUAACACAGACUACGUAGAAGCGAGCGACGAGAAGAAAGAUACGUGGAAGGAGAUAAUAGAAUUAAAGAGCCAUAGUACAAAUGUGGACGAAAAGACUCAAGAUCAUCUAGAUAGCGAUAAUUUUUUCUGCAACUUACCGUCGCCUGCGUAUUCUCGUGUCGUGAUCACCGUGGACUCGCAAGAUAAAGACUUGUGGUCCAUGGAGGGUGUAUUAGCUAUGUGCCAUAUUGACGGUAUGCUUCGCGGAAACGUUCACUUCCCAUCGUUGUGUCAGACGCAGCUCGAACGCAACGGCGUGGAGAGUAACAAGUGUUGUAGAAGUUGGUCGCCGGCUAACUAUGUGGCACUUUUGUCCAAUCGUACUUCUUGCUUGGGAGUAACAGAGACCGACCUGAGCAGAGUGAAGACAAUCUUACACCAAUGCGCGUAUUAUUAUCAUAAUCGUAAGUUGUCGCCUAACUGUGAGGAAGAACCGAGUUGCAGGGACGACGUGCCAGUCGAUUGCUACACGAGAAAUGCAGCUUACCAUCUACUACACUAUCUGCUGGACGUUAAUUUUAUUCCAAGCUCUAAGUUGGACCCCGACAGCAAACAAAAUUUGACGUUGCACUCUGCCAUGUUAUUUCUUCCAAUUGCGGCAAGCUCGGCGACUUUAGAUUUUUACAAAGCGAUAGACAAUGGUGAUCUAAUAUACGGAAACUUCCGUGUUCAGGGCAUGCAACUUGGCCUAAAAAGUACGCUGUUCGAUCGACUGUUAUUAACUGACUCGAGCUUGGUGCUCGCCGGUUUCAUCUUCGUUACAUUUUGUAUCUGGGCGUACACCGGCUCCAUAGUGUUGACUCUAGCGACAAUUUUCGCGGUGUUGUUCAGUCUUGGGAUUUCAUAUGCGAUAUAUACUUUCGUCUUGGGUAUUCGGUUCUUUCCUUUUAUGAACUUGUUGGCCAUUGUCGUAGCUAUAGGCAUUGGAGCAGAUGAUGCAUUUAUAUAUUGUAAAGUCUGGGAAUCGAAGAAACAGCAGAAACUUUCUGAUGGCGGAUUAGUGCGCUUGGUACAGGAAACAAUCAAACACGCUUUUCCAUCUAUGUUCGUCACAUCUCUUACCACAGCGGUAGCCUUUUUCGCAUCUAUUGUUAGUAACGUGACUGCCAUCAAUUGCUUCAGUUUAUUUUCAGGCAUGACUGUUAUCGCUAAUUUCUUCUUGAUGACUACGUGGUUACCUGCGUGCGUGGUCGUGUCGGAGCAUUGUAAAUUAUCUGCCCUAUCGCCUGUAAAUUUUAUUACCAGAAGAAUUAUUCGUCCCCUGCGAUCCUUGGGGGAUAAAGUAACAAUAGGAUUCACCACCUGUCUCACGGGAUUAGUGAUUCGUUUGAGGUGGUUCUGGUUACUGAGUUUGGGGAUCAUGUCAAUAGCGUGUUGCAGCGUCGUCUUCCAUUAUCCAGGCUUGCAACUGCCAGAUUAUAAGGAUUAUAUGGACUUUCAACUGUUCCACCGUACACAUCCAUUCGAACAGUAUGAUUUACUAUACACGCAGAGAUUUUGGUUUGAACGAUUUGAAAUGACUGGCGGAGAUAAUGCGGUUCUACCACUAAGAUUUGUCUGGGGCAUAAAACCAGUUGACAAUGGUGAUUACCUCGAUCCUAGUAAAAAAGGCACACUAGAGUGGGACGAGACUUUCAAUAUCUCUGACCCAAAGGCUCAAUUGUGGCUUCAUAGAUUUUGCCGAAAUUUACGAAGUCAACCUUUUUACCGCAGCACCCUGGGACCUUUGUUGUCUAACUGCUUUAUCGAAUCUUUAUACUCGUGGAUGGAAAGGGAUUGUAAGGAUCCUAUUGAUCCUCAGAUCAAUUACGCGCCGUGUUGUAAUAGUAGUACAUUUCCAUAUGAGCCCGAUGUUCUGCAACACUGUACAGCUGAAGCUAGCGUCAGGUUACAUCGCACGCCUAAUUUGUGGACACAGAACGGUCCACUUUUUGCCGGUCCAAAGUUUGCCAAAGAUCCAUUGUUGACGUCAAACGAUACACUCGCGAUUAAAGUAACGCCUAAAAUUAAAGCGCUUAUUGUCGAAUACGAUAGCACACAUUCAUAUAGCCUCUCGUUUGCAACUAUGGAUACAUUUUAUCACCAGGUUGAAAGUUGGAUGCAGAAUCAAUUACGAUCCGCGCCUAAGGGGAUGCGAGGUGGAUGGUUUAUCAGCCAUCUAGAAUUUUAUGAGCUUCAGCGUACAUUAUACGAAGGAACCAUAUCGGCAAUGGCAGUGUCGCUAACUUUGGCACUGAUAGUAGUAGCAAUGGUGACCUUAAAUCCUCUCAUCAGCCUAUAUGCAAUUGUAGCUAUUGGUGCUGUAAUAAUAGUAACAGUUGCAAUGCUUAUUCUUCUUGGGUGGACACUCAACGUUCUAGAAAGUAUUGCAAUAUCUACAACCAUAGGUCUUGCUGUAGACUUCAGCUUACACUACGCUGUGAGUUACAAAGCAUGCAUGUCUGAAAAGAAAAUAGACCGAGUAAAGACCGCGUUGCAACAGAUGGGCGGUCCUACUCUUAUGGCAGCAAUUACAACCGGAGCUGCGGGCGCUUUAAUGUUACCUUCUCAGGUGUUGGCAUAUAUACAAAUCGGUGUCUUUUUAUUACUCGUGAUGGGUGUAAGCUGGAUAUACGCGACGUUGUUUCUAUGCUCGAUGUUAGCAGUUGUAGGACCUUCUUCACGCUUUGCUCAGUUCGAAUAUCCCAGAUUGAAAAUAUUAUCAAUUUGUUAUCACAAAUACGAAGAUGGUGUAAUUGAAACUGACAAGGAUAAUAAUCGAGCGAGGAAGACUUAUAAAGGACGAGGAAUGCUUUCGGAAUCAACUCUAAGCACAUCUAGCUCCGUGUGUCAAUUUCAUUGUAGUGAGCUGGAAACUCUUGCGGCGAGGCCUCCAUCGCCGUCAUUGCCGCCAUCUCCAUUAUCAACAUUGCUCCGUUAAAAUAAUUAUUAUUUAAGUAUAGAUUAUGUGUGUUGUUUUUUUUCAGAAAUCUCAUUAAUUGAGUAUUUUUUAAACUAUACUUAAAAUAAUCAUUUGUAUGUCAUUCUGUGCAUAGGCCUGAUAUAAUUAAUGUGACUGUUGGCUGUGUUCAAAUAGCUUUAAGGUCAUUACUCAGACAUGUGCUCUAUCAUUUGUUACAUAUAUCUACAGUAUACACAGAUACGUAUGUAUGUACGUAAGGUGCACACACAGAAACACCUACACACCUACACAGACAUACAGAGGGCUUCCUAAUUAGUAGUAUAGAUAUAUGUACGUACGUAUAUGUGCAAUUAAGGGUAUUAAUAUCGUUUGGUAUGUUUACAUUUGGCAGUCCGUAUCUUUAUAAUAUUUACAGAGUUGUAUAGUUUAUAUAGUUAUAUUUUAUUUAUAUAUUAUAAUUAAUGACAUAGUUUAACUAUUUUAUUUUACGAGCAAACAUGACAGACAGUGAAUCACGAUGAAGACUGAAUGCGAGCGCACUGAAUAGUAUCAAUGCUCUCAAUUGUGCAUACGUGUUUAUGGCUAUGGAGAAUUAAAUGUUAAACUAAUAAGUAUAUUUUAAAAAGCCUCUCUUUUAUUAGGAGGUUCGGAAAGCUUUCGUCGCUCAUAUUUAGAUGGCUUCUAGCUGCAUAUUUCGAGAGUACAAACGAUACUACUUUGUCCACUCAAAAAACAAGCUGUUCUGUCGACGCGGAAUCCAACUUUUGCCAGAAAAAUGGGAAAAAGUCAUAGCUACUGAGGGCAAAAAACUUUGACUAAUAAGAUCAUUCAUUUUGUUAUUGUAACAAAUGGGUAUUUUAAGAGGAAGAAACAGCGAAAACCUUCCGAACCUCCUAACCCACACAGCACCGAAAUAUUUCAGAAAGCUCUCAAAAAGCUGUCAAUGAAAUAAGAAAC